CACACAAGUGAUAGGAUAAAGUCACAAAACAAAACAAAGGGUUUGUUUGAAACAACAACAAUGGGGAAACCAAAGAAAGAACUCUUGGCGUCAGCUCCGUGGCGAGCCGGCGGCGACGACCAACGGGACAAAUUCAAAGACGCCAGGCUUAAAGUGACCGCCCAGCCAGGAGCCACACCUACUAUGCACAUCCCCGGCAAGAAAUCCCCCAAAAACCCAUCUCCAGCUGAUUCUGAUAAUUCCCUCGAAAUUGACCCGGAACUCCGUUACAGCUUCCAACGCAAUUUUCAGUUCCUGCAGCGUGUUUUCAGCAUUGAUACUAUUGUGAAACCCCUACCUUAUUCAAUGCAAUACAAUGUUUCUCGCAACCUAAGCUUUUUCACGCGUAUCUUCACACAGUUUUAUGAUCCUCAAGGUAUUGCCAAUGCUCAAAAGUCUCUUGGAUUAGGACAAGAAGACAGAGUCCGCAAUGUCCGUUGAUCAAGCUCGCAGAUUUUUUUUACUGUUGUAUUUGUACUGAAACGCUGUAUGAUCAUGUUUCAAUUUGACAUCUGAAUCACACCAAAUGGCAAGCUUUGCUAUGCUUCAGAUCA